AUGCGCAAACCAGGUGACGAGUUCAUUGUUCAGUUCAGGAAGAAAUUUGGAGACCUUCUUUUGACCUGCGAUGGUGAGAGAGGAAAGGGAGGCCCUUUUGUUCACCCGGAGGAUCCAACGUUACCUGUUAGAUAUGCCAACGAUGUUGAUUUCGUGGGUGCUAUGCAGGUAGACAACACGAAAUAUGAACAAGCAUCGGGGCUAGUGAGCGGUUCCUCAGUCUCCCGCAAAUCCAAUGCCCCCGAUUCGUUAUCUCCGGUGGUUCAUCCUAAAAAGCAUAAGACGUCUCACAGUCGCAACAUGACAGGAUCGGGCGCGGUCUACUACAACAAAGCAGGUGACCUCCACUCUCCUAUGAUAGAGUGGGGUGAAACAGCCGCGCCUUUUCUUGACGCAUCAAACCAAUGUACUUCGCCGAUUUCUUGGGUUGGGCCCGACUGCUUCGCUCCGCUGGCUCAGACUCAACAUUGGGUUUGUGAUAACACACACUACGGACAGCCGGACUAUAUGUCGGGGAUUUUCACGCUCCAUAAUUCUGCCUACUCAGCGGCGAAUGGACUCGGGGUCAAUCAUGGUAUCUCGACCGGUGAUAUGAGCGAAAAAACGGAUUCAAUGGCCGCAUUCGAGGCAGACAUCACUCAUGGUUCGCCAUUCGCCGAAGAAGAAACAUUUCGUUACAAUGUGACCUUGCUAGCCCCAACAUCAAUCGUUCGGCAUACCAAUGAACGCCCAGUGACAUAUCUCAACAAGGGUCAAAUCUACAGCCUCGAAGUGGUAGACCCUAAGCCACCCUUGAAGAUUGAUGGGCCGCUUAAAUUUAGAACAUUUGUGCGGGUAACAUUCGAAGAACAGGAUCAGAGGUCAGACCCUGUUAGAUCAUGGGAGCUAUGGAAAGAUGGUAGAGGCCUUAACGAAGCUUACAAGCGUCAAAGCGAGCUUUUAGCCGUCGAAUAUGUCGAGCCUUUCCAAGACAGUGCCAAGUGUCCGGAGCAUCGCCAGAUUCGACUUGAAAGGGCCACUGUUGAUGGGUUCUGUGUCACCUGGAUAGCUGAUCCGACUACGAAAGUCUGCAAGUAUGCCAUUUCCCUAAGGUUCAAUUUCUUAUCGACCGAUUUCAGCCGCUCGAAAGGUGUGAAAGGGGUGCCAGUCAGGUUGUGUGCAAAGACGGAAAUCCUACGGUCGGACGGCGAGGAAUGGAUGAUGGAGCACGACUCAGAAAUGUGCUAUUGUGUCAUAAAGCUCUUUCGAGACCAUGGUGCCGAACGGAAAUCAUCGAACGACGUGGCACAUGUCAAGAAAAAGAUCGAAAAGCUCAACAAGGAGAUCACCGACAGAGAGCUGGGCGUGGACUUGAUCGGACCAAAUCACGGAUGCGGUUCAAUGAACGGCGGUCAAAUCGGUCAUCGGCCUCAGAAGCCCAAAGGGGCUAUAAAAUCGCGGAAAGACUACACGACUGAUGAGGAUCUUCAUGCGGAGUUGGCCCAAACAUAUGCAUUAUUUCAAUCAGCCCAUGAAGUGAGUGUUCUUAGAUUUCGUGGUAACGAGCGAGACGAUCCGGAAUCGUAUCCUGUUAACUUACCACGCGGAACAAACACAAUGGUGAAAACUGGACACAUGGACAAUCAACAAACGGAGAGCACAUCCAUGCCUUCAGCCUCGGGAAAUGAAGGUAGAUUGCCCAAAGAGACUUACGUGCAACCUGAUCAUCUUCAAAGCCUUGUUAAUCCGCAACGUUCGCCUGAAAUCCCAACAGCUUCUAUUGGGGCCUUGCAGGAUUCACCACUUCACCCAUUACAGUCGUCCAAAGCUGGUUCGUACCGCAAUGUAAUAAUGUAUUUUUCGUACACUUACCCUCUCACAGUUGCAUGCUUUUAUGUACAAUUCAAACAAAAUGGGAAGGCACUCUCAAGCCACCAUCAUGCAAUAUACUUGAUAAAUCGCACCUCUCUCGAGCUUAAAGAAAAGCUUGCGAAAAAAGUGCAGAUUGACCCAAGUCUUAUCACUCAUAUAUUCUGGGAACACAGCAGAGGCUUCAAGGUUAUGGUUGAUGACAAUGUGAUCCAACAUCUUCCCGAGGCGCAAAUUAUGACUGCGGAUAUAUUUGAUAUUUCGCAAACGGAAGUGGCUUCUUCUGGCUCCAAACUCUGUCCGGUGAAAGUAAAGCUAGUUUUCUGA